AUGACAUUAACAGCUAUACAAAUGAUAUUUACAUCAAUAGGUUUAAUUAUUUGUUUACAAAUGAAUACAUUUGUUCAUAAAAAAGUUCCUAUAAUAAAAGUAUUACCAUUAGCUAUAUCAUUUUGUGCUUUUGUUGUUUUUACAAAUUUAUCAUUAGAAUAUAAUACCAUAGGUACAUAUCAAUUAUUUAAAGUUUUAACAACACCUGUUGUUGCACUUAUAUCAUGGCAAUAUUAUAAAAUAAAAUAUUCGAGAAUGGUUAUAUUAACAUUAAUACCUGUUGUUAUUGGUGUAUGUACACAUUCAGUUAAUGAUAUUAAAUUAACAUUAUUUGGUACAAUUGUAGCAUCAAUUGGUGUUAUGUCAGCAUCAAUUUAUCAAGUUUGGGUUGGUGAACAUUUAAAAGAAUUAGAAAUGAAUUCACAACAAUUACUUUUUUAUCAAGCACCAUUAUCAGCUAUUUUACUUGUACCUUUUAUUUUUUAUAUGGAAAAUUUUCCAUCAUAUAGAUCACAUGAAGAACAACAAGCAGCAUUAACUGCUAUAGUAGCUUCUGGUAUUGUAGCUUUUAUAGUUAAUUUAUCAGUUUAUUGGGUUAUUAAAAAUACAUCUGCAUUAACAUAUAAUAUGAUUGGUCAUAUGAAAACAGUUUCAAUUCUUGUUGGUGGUUAUAUUCUCUUUAAAGAUAAUCUUAAUGUUAAACAAUUUAUAGGUAUUUUACUUACAUUAUCCGGUCUAUUCACUUAUACAUUUGUUAAAAUGAGUGAACAAAAUCAAUUACCAUGUAAACGUUGGAAUGCAUAUCCAAUGACAAAUAUAGUUUAG